GUAAUCGGAUCACGAAGAGAGGCAACAGUCACCAUCACGAAUGAUGACAAACCAUGUGGUGGCCCAUGUGGACCUAAUGCCCGUUGUGACCUGACUACGCAGAAAUGUAUAUGUAACCAAGGUUACAUCCGUUUCCACGGCAACACGUGUCAAUUGCCAUGCGGAGGAUCAUGUGGACCGAAUGAAAGAUGUGACAGUGUCACUAACCAAUGUGUCUGUAUCGAGCGAUACUAUAAAUACCACGGAUCAUGUGUCAUACCAUGCGGAGGACCGUGUGGACUCAACGCACGAUGCGAUAGAGUCAGCAACCAGUGUGUCUGUAAUACAGGCUACAUCCGAUUCCACGGAUCAUGUACUCUGCCAUGUGGAGGACAAUGUGGACCCAAUGAAAGAUGUGACAAAGGCAGUAACCAAUGUGUCUGUAUCGAGCAUUACUUUAAAUUCCACGGAUCAUGUGUCAUACCAUGCGGCGGACCGUGUGGACCCAACGCACAAUGCGACAGAGUCAGGAACCAGUGUGUCUGUAAAACAGGAUACAUCCAAUUCCAUGAAUCAUGUACUCUUCCAUGCGGAGGAAGUUGUCCAUCCAAUUCCGUAUGUAGCAGUUCAGACAACAGAUGCCAUUGUAAACCAGGUUUCUUAGGAGAUCCUUAUCACGGCGGAUGUCAUCUUCGCAGUGUUGUACAGUUUGUCACAAUGACCUACUCUGUGAGUGAAAGUGCCGGAACGGUAUCGUUUCAACUAUCAAGAACCGGUGGAUUGUUCGGCUCAGUGACGGUGUCAUGGUCUACCCAUGAU